AUGCAGAAUGUCACCCCCGUUAUCCCCGAACCGCAAUGGGGCGCGCUAUCCCGAGACUGGGCGAACAAGCUAAGGACUACAGUGGAGCCUGAGGAUAUCGUUUACCUAAAGCAUCGAGGAUUCUUCGUGGCCAUGUCACCAGCAAAUGAUGGUCUUCCACCAGCCGCUUCGCUGAGCUAUGGUGACGGAGAGAAAGGCGGGCCAUCGCAGCAGCCGACUUCGGAGGAGUCGGAAGUAAGUGAUGCUGCCGUGGCAGUUCAAGAGACGGUAAUGGGCCAGGACCGCUCGUCGAAACUUCCCUUCUCGAAAGCGCGAUGUAUUGUGCUUGUGGCUACUCUGACUGGCGCAAGCUUUCUCAAUAGCAUGUCAGGUCAGGCCGUGGUCAUCAUCCUCCCGACGAUAGGAGAAGAAUUGGAUAUUCCAGAAGCCCGUCUGCAAUGGAUCUUGUCAGCCUACUCCCUCACGUUCGGCUGUCUGCUUCUUUUUUGGGGCAGACUAGCCGACAUUUAUGGGAAGCGCAAGAUCUUUGUUUUAGGUUCAGCAUGGUUUGCCGGGGCUGCGGCAAACGUCCCAACUGCUAUUGGCAUCUUGGGGAGCACAUUCCCGCCGAGCAAGGCCAAAAACUAUGCCAUUAGUUGUUAUGCCGCCGGUGCUCCGCUGGGCGCAGUAAUUGGAAACGUUUUAGGUGGAAUCAUUGUCGAAUAUGUGUCAUGGAAAUGGGUUUUCAUCAUUAUUGCUCUGGUGGCAUUUGUAAUCUGUGUGGCUGCCCUGUUUACCAUUCCUCCGCCCCCUCCCAGCGCGGUAACAAAACCUGAAAGCUCGCAGAGGCCUUCUGUGGAUUGGCUCGGCGCUGCCUUGAUCACAGGAGGGCUGUUAGCCCUCUUGUUCGCACUCACGGAAGGAAAUAUUGUGGGAUGGAGGACUCCUUGGGUGCCCACCCUCAUUGUCGUGUCGCUCAUCCUCGUUGCCCUUUUCACUGCCUGGCAACACUACCUCGAGAAGACAGGCAAGCUUGCCCCCAUUAUGAAGGUCUCUAUCUUCCGGAACACAAAGUUCAGUGCUGCCAUGGCGAUCAUGGCACUCUUUUUCAGCAGCUUCAACGGUUUUUUGGUUUAUGCAACAUAUUUCUAUCAGGAUUUUCAGGGGCAUUCCGCGCUACAGACAACAUUGCGCUUCCUUCCAACGGGUAUUAUGGGCGUCGUCACCGUCGCGAUCGUUUCUCAGUUGUUGGCCCGUAUCCCGACCUACCUCUUACUGGCCAUUGGAAACCUCUGUGUAGCCGUCUCGCCGCUUCUUUUCGCUGUUCCCAUCCCGCCUAAGACAACAUACUGGGCAUGGUCAUUUCCGGCCAUGGUUUUGUCCGUGUUUGGAACAGAUACAACGUUUCCGUGUCUCGUCUUAUUCACAAGUCACUCGCUGCCACAAGCUGACCAGGCUAUCGGCGGCGCUCUAGUGAAUGCCAUGGGCCAGGUUGGACGUGCCAUGGGGCUCGCAGUGGCAACAGCCAUUCAGACAGCAGUGAUGGCCAGAGAGCGUGGGGUCAGUGUUGAAGAUGCUGGCGAAAUGAUAGAGUGGGAUGAAGCAACGUUAGCAGGCCUCAGAGCUGCCGAGUGGUGGAACUUUGGUCUUGGAGUCGCUGCCCUAUCUGUGGUUUUAAUCGCCUUCAGGGGCACAGGUAUCAUUGGAAAGAAAGGCCAUGUAGCGAUCGGUGGUCCAAGGCCCGCUAACCCUGCAGCUACAUGUGAUGAAGAGAAGUAG